AUGGAUCUUGUACAGACAGUACGCAAGGAAGGCAGUCGUGGCGGGCGGAACGAGUUCAAGUGGGAAGAUGUCAAGAAUGAUUCGCAGCGCGAGAACUAUCUCGGCCACUCUCUCAUGGCGCCCGUCGGCCGGUGGCAGAAAGGACGAGACCUGAACUGGUAUGCCCGAGGCGGAGAUGGUGAAGAAGGAGAGAAGAGCGAGGCCGACAUCAUCAAAGAAGAGAAGCGCAAACUCAAGGAAGCGGAGGAAGACGCCAUGUUGAGGGUUAUGGGACUGCCUGUUCCGGAACGUGCCAGCACCAAUGCGAAUCUUACACCGUUGGGCGAGAAGGCUCAUGCAGCGGAUGUCGAUAAAGCGCUCGAGAAGAAUGCGGAGGAGGAGCCUGACAAGGACGAUGAGAAGAAGGAUCGACACCGCUCAAGGAGAGAUCGAGGAGAUAGAGACAAAGAAGACGAAAGAAGGAGGAGGAAGCGGAGGUCAAGGAGUCGUUCAAACCACAGGCACGGGCACGAAAGACGGAGAGACCGAUCAAGGUCACGCGAGGGCAGGCGACACAGGCAUAGGGAUGACGAACACGAUCGACGUAGGCAUCGAUCUAGGGAAAGAGACCGUGCGCGGGAAAGACGUCGAAGUAGGAGUCGUGACAGGGAGCCUGAUUCGCGCCAUCAUCGGAGAAGGGAGCGGCCCUUGGAUGAUGAGCGGCCGCGCUCGCGGGAUCGUCACCGAGACAGAAGUCGAUCGCCCUACCAGUCACGUCGAAGAGAUGACUGA